AUGAAUAGUAACAGAGAUCGUGCGUACCAACAAUCAAGAAAUUACGAGACGAGACGAACUUAUUCAAGACCUACACUUAAACCAAUAGAUCCAACAAACCCACAUAAAACAGUUAUCCCAAUAACAACUAAACCAGUCAUCACAAAAAUUCCGAAACCAAUAAUUAUUUAUACCAGAACCCCAACGAAAAACUUCACUUUUAAUCCAAAUAAAACAGCUCCAUUCCCAACACAACGACCAACCAAAUCUCCAACACCAAGGACAAGCUACAGAACAAGGAGUCCUACACCAUGUUAUCAAUCAAGUUAUUCUCGCUGUAGAACACAAAGCCGUACGCCUACAUACAAAUCUAGCCGUACUGAUGUAAUUGUUAUUCCAAUAAGCUCCCUGAUUUUAUUCAUCCUAUGUUGUUCUCUAACUAUGUGUGCAUGCUACUGUAGGAAUUGCAAUGCAAAGAAAAAGCAGAACACUCCCCAAGUUGCCGAGCAACAAGAAAUUACUGGUCAAUAUCAAGAACCUUUGCUUGCCCAAUACCCAGGCAAUGUUCAGGAACAAAACCUACCACAGCAGCCAAUGAUAUAUGUUUACGCUGCACCUUUCCAGCAACAACCACAAAAUGUUCAAACUUACCAUGAUCCCCAAGCUUAUGCCCCAGGAGCAUUUGCUCCAGAUCAAUCUGUUGCUGUACAAUAUGGUGUUCCGCCCCCUUCCCCAGUUGUUGUAACAAAUCAAGAAGAACCAGCACCAAACCCAUAUGCUAAUUAUUUAAAGUAA